AUGGCAUCACGAGCACUGGCACGCUCUCCCGCCGUUCAUAUAGUGCAUCGACGCGCAUUCUCUACCUCUGGUAUUUCACGCAUCAUGCCAACCAUGCUUGCACGUAUUAGUCCAUCCACGUUCCAGCUUCAGGAGACGCUGCCCCGCCUGCCGGUGCCCCGCCUGCAGGACACCCUGGAGCGGUACUUGCGCAGCCUCGAGCCUGUCCUGCGCCAGAAGGAGGUGCUGGGUGAGCUGCCUUCGGGUACGAAUGCGCAGUCUGAGCUGCAAAAGCGCCGCGAAUGGGCGCAGGAGCUCAUCUCUAGCGGUGUGGGCCCUCGUUUGAACGAGCGCCUCGUCGAUUUGGACCAGACGACCGAAAACAACUGGUUUGACGACUCGUUCUGGCUCUCCAAAGCGUACCAUGAGUGGCGUGUGCCUCUGCUCGUGAACAGCAACUGGUGGAACAUGUUCAUGCCCGACCCUAGCAUGCCUGCCGAGCUGAGCGAGCGAGCGGAUGCAGCCGCCUACACGCCUGAUGCCAUUCACCGCCAAAAUUGGGAUGGCUCUGAGUACGGUCUGCGCCGUGCUGCCUGGAUCACGUACCGCGCGACGCUGUACAAGAUUGCCAUCGACAAGCAGACGAUCAAGCCGGAUCGCUCACGUAUCGGUGCAUUUUGCAUGUACCAAUACAGCCGCAUGUUUGGCGUCACCCGUAUUCCCAAUAUCCCCGCCGACCACAAUACGUCGACGGACAGCACGGCGGCAUCACGCCAUAUCACGGUGCUGGUACGUGACAAUGUGUACGAGCUGCCCGUGAUCAAUGAGCACGGCGAAAUUUACCCCCUGGCCACGAUUGAACAGGCUCUUCGCGACAUGGUGGCCGAUGCCCAAAAGGCCGAAGGCGAUGGCAUCCCUGUUAUGACGUGUGACGAUCGGGACACGUGGACGAGGGCGCGUGAGCAUCUCUUGUCGGUGAGUCCGCAGAACCGCCUCAGCCUCCAGUCCGUCCAAAAGAGUCUGUUUGUGCUCUCGCUAGACUGCAACAACCUGGGUGCGCCGGAAGGUGCCAAGCCGCUCGUUGGCAGCGAGCCUAGCUACAGCUCGGCGAUGGCGAUCAACACCGCCGGUGCUGGCCGUCUCGGCCACAAUCGCUGGUUCGACAAGGCCAUUUCGUUUGUCGUGGAGCCGACGGGCCGCGCGAGCCUGACGGGUGAGCACUCGCCCGUUGACGCCCUCAUUCCCUCGUUCCUCAGCGAGACGGUGCUGGAAGACCCUAUGCCACCGGUCGGCGAGCCUCUGCCGGAGCGCGCCGAGGGUGUGUCGCUGCUCGCCGAGUCGCCCAAGUGGUCGAAGCUGGCGUGGCAGCUGGAUGACCGGGUGCGCGCUUCGAUUGAGCACGCCGAAAAUACGGCCAAGGCGAUUACGUCUGACUCGGACAUCGGCAUGUUGUGGUUUAGUGAGUACGGUGCGGACUGGAUCAAGAAGGUGGCCCGACAGGCACCGGAUGCGUAUAUCCAAAUGGCACUGCAGCUGGCGUAUGCCUCCGUGCACGGCCGCCAAACAGCCACGUACGAGACGGCGAGCACGCGUCUCUUCCGUCACGGCCGCACGGAUGUGAUCCGCUCGUUCAGCAACGAGGCCUUCAACUUUGUACAAGGCGUGCAGGCCAGGAAGCCGGCGGCAGAGCUGUACAAGCUGCUAUCGGAGGCCACGUCAUCGCACACGCGCCAGACACGCGACCACUCGUUCGGCAAGGGCAUUGACCGCCACAUGAUGGGUCUGCGCCUCGUGUACCGUGCCGAAGACGACGGCGAGGUGCCCAAGCUCUUUAGCGACCCGCUGCUCGUCGAGUCGGCGUCUUGGAAGUUGAGCACGAGUGGCUUGAGUGCAGGCGACAAGUUCGUUGGCACGGGCUUCGGCUCCGGCUUCCCUGACGGUUUCGGCGUCAACUACCUUGCCGGCAGCCAGACGCUCAAGUUCGGUAUCGAGUCCAAGCGCUCGAACCCCGCGUGCAGCGAUGGCCACCCUGUCCACAUGUACAAGCAGAGCAUCGCACAUGCUUUGCGCACGAUGCGCACGAUCGUGGAGCAAGGUGCUCCGCCUCCUGAGGCCAAGCUGUAG